AUGGUGACAAUCUGUACCUACAAUGCACGUACACUUGCAUCGGAGUCCUCGAUAGAAGACUUGCUCAUGCAAGUAAGAAGGAUAAGCUACGACAUCAUCGGCCUGACCGAGACGAAGAGACGCCACCCAUUCAACGCCGGCUGUGGCAUCGGAGAAGAACUGUUCCUUGGAACAUGCGACAGUAGAGGAGUUGGCAGCGUCGGCAUUCUCGUCACGAGUUUGUCCACGAACAUCGAUUCAAUCGAACAACUAACAACACGAAUCGGACGUUUACGAUUAAAAAGAUGUGGAUCAAUUUCGGCCUUGGCAAUCUUCGUCGUUUAUGCACCGACAUCAAAUUACGACGAAGAAAAAGUAGAAGCGUUCUAUAUGGACAUGGAGAAGUUCUACAGAGAAGACCACUCAUUCCUGAUAAGAGAUUUCAACGCCAAGAGUGGACCAAGAAGAACGUCUGAAGAACGACAUAUUGGGACCUACGGAUUAGAACGGAACGAACAGGGUGAGCGGCCCCCUGAGUUUAUCACGGCGACCAAGACCAUCCAUGGUAAUUCGCAAGCCCCAGCAAGAUUCUAUUUCUCGCAGAAAGGAGAAAACGCGGCUAAAUUCAAAAACCGAAGUCUCAGAACCACCGCAAACUGGGACUUAGCCAAUUCAUUAGUCGGCUAUUGGAAAGAUGCUAUUGCCGAUAACACCGACGAGGAAUACGAUCGGCUCAUUCAACAUCUUCUCGAUAGCGCUGUGAAAACUCAGAGUUCGAAAGUCACCAAGAGACGUCUGUCUCCAGAAACACUCGAGCUGAUACGCCAGCGUGGAAUCGUACGAGCUGCAAGCAACCGCUAA